CCUGGCUCAGAAGGGACGACUGGUCGGGGUUUAUUUUCUGUGUGUGGCUUUCCUCUUCCCAUCCACGGUCUGUAGGAGCUCGGUCACGUUUGCAGUGGGAAUUCUGCCGUGAAAACUUACAGGGAUGCCAAAGGAAAAAUAUGAUCCUCCAGAUCCUCGCAGAAUUUACACCAUCAUGUCAGCAGAAGAGGUAGCCAACGGGAAGAAGUCACACUGGGCUGAAUUAGAGAUCUCGGGUAGAGUACGGAGCUUAAGUACAUCACUUUGGUCACUGACACACUUGACUGCUCUGCACCUCAAUGACAAUAAUCUUACUCGCAUUCCACCUGAUAUUGCCAAGCUUCAUAAUCUGGUUUACCUGGAUCUGUCAUCCAACAAACUCAGAAGUUUACCAGCAGAACUAGGAAACAUGGUAUCUCUCAGGGAAUUGCUUUUAAAUAACAAUCUGUUACGGGUUUUGCCUUACGAACUUGGACGGCUCUUCCAGCUACAAACUCUAGGUUUGAAAGGCAAUCCUUUAUCACAAGAUAUUCUCAGCCUCUACCAGGAUCCAGACGGAACUCGAAAGCUACUGAACUACAUGCUUGACAAUCUAGCAGUUCAUCCAGAGCAGCUGCCUCCAAGGCCAUGGAUUACUUUAAAAGAACGAGACCAAAUUCUGCCCUCAGCUUCAUUCACAGUUAUGUGUUACAAUGUGUUGUGUGAUAAAUAUGCCACCCGGCAGCUCUACGGCUACUGCCCAUCUUGGGCACUCAAUUGGGAGUAUAGAAAAAAGGGAAUCAUGGAAGAAAUCGUCAACUGUGAUGCAGAUAUCAUUAGUCUUCAGGAAGUGGAAACAGAGCAAUACUUCACCCUUUUUCUGCCAGCCUUGAAAGAACGGGGAUACGAUGGAUUCUUUUCUCCAAAGUCACGUGCCAAAAUCAUGUCUGAGCAGGAGAAAAAGCAUGUGGAUGGCUGUGCAAUAUUCUUCAAAACUGAAAAAUUUACGCUGGUGCAGAAGCAUACGGUGGAGUUCAACCAGGUGGCAAUGGCUAAUUCUGAAGGUUCAGAGGCUAUGUUAAACAGAGUGAUGACGAAGGACAACAUCGGAGUUGCCGUGGUGUUAGAGGUGCAUAAAGAAUUAUUUGGAGCAAGUAUGAAAUCACUUCAUGUGGACAAACAGCUGCUUAUUGUGGCCAAUGCCCACAUGCACUGGGACCCCGAAUACUCGGAUGUGAAACUCAUCCAGACUAUGAUGUUUGUCUCAGAACUGAAAAAUAUCCUUGAGAAAGCCUCAAGCAGGCCCAGUAGCCCAACAGCAGAUCCUAACUCUAUCCCCCUGGUGCUGUGUGCGGAUCUCAACUCGUUGCCUGAUUCAGGUGUAGUGGAAUACUUAAGCAAUGGCAUAGUAGCUGACAACCACAAGGACUUCAAGGAGUUGCGUUAUAACGAGUGUCUCAUGAACUUCAGUGGCAAUGGAAAAAACGGGGCUUCUGAAGGAAGAAUAACGCAUGGCUUCCAACUCAAGAGCGCCUAUGAAAACAACUUGAUGCCUUACACCAAUUACACUUUUGAUUUCAAAGGUGUGAUUGACUACAUUUUCUAUUCCAACACUCACAUGAACGUGCUUGGUGUCCUGGGGCCUUUGGACCCUCAGUGGCUGGUUGACAACAACAUCACUGGGUGUCCACACCCUCACAUCCCUUCAGACCACUUCUCACUGUUAACACAACUCGAACUCCAUCCUCCGCUCCUGCCUCUUGUCAACGGUGUGCACUUGCCGAACAGGAGGUAGUGUGGAGCCCUGCCCCCCUGGGGGCAAGGACCUGUUGUUAUGGACCUGUACAGUUGUAAAUCAAAGUAUAUAGGAGUGAAGUAUGGCCAACCUUAAGCUGCUUCUUCAAGCUCCUUUCCUUAUGUGUUUGAUAUGAGAUUUUGCACAUUUUGGUGCAUAUUGGUAUCAUUUGGCACUAGGGCUGGAACCAAAGUAUUAUUCCCUUUCCAGGUUUUUAAUUUAAUUUUUUUUUUUUUUUAAAAACUGGCAAGCUUUUUCUUUUCAGUAGGAAGCUGCACUUAUAAGUGGACAAAUGAGAUUAAAAACUUGCUUAUUAACAUAUUUCAAGAUAAUGCUUUUUUCCAGAACGUGGCGAAAUGAGCCAACCUUUUAGGAGAAAGAAAAACAAAAAUAGAAAAGCUUGUUUUGUAGGAAAACUAUUAGAAAUACUGUUUGUUUGAACCCAAAACGGAGACUGAACUCUGCAUCUGAAAUAAAUUUUGCACAUUAGCGAAGCACUUAAUACCUGACUAUAUAUGAUUAGCAGUGUGGCCCUGCCCCUCGUCUAACUCAUCUUAGAAAACCAAAGAUGGCUUAAUAUCUGUGAUAAAAUUUGAGGUCUAAAUUCUCCUGAUGUAAUCUCCUUUAGAACAAAAUUUCCAGCGAAGCGAUGUCUUACAAGACUUUGUGGGUGAGCGCUCAAUGCUGUGUGUAGAUCACUUGCUCAGCAGAUGCCAUGGUGACUUUUUUUUUUUCAGAGCUCUGAAGGACUUGGUCCUUUCUGGGUGAGAUAUGCAGGGAUCCAAAGGACCUCUGUGAAACAGAGCUGCCUCUCUGCUAGGGCAAAGCCAGGGCCACGCUCUUCAGCAGCACAGUUUGGGAGCAGGACUUAGAAAUGGUAAGAAAUUGCACUUGAAGCCAGCUCUUGUAAGCCUCUGGGUUGCGGGUGAAUGAAGAAGUUGCAAAUCCCUCCUGGGUUCCCUUUUUCAAAGUUCAGUUGCAAAUUUGGGAUUAACUGCGUAAGCGGUAGGGUACAGGAAAAAGCCACUGGAAAUGACCUUACUUUUGUCACCAAAGGGCACACGGGGUAGCUGUCGAGAUGCUUUUUUCACUGGGGGAGCGAGCGGUAGCCAUAGUCAUUCCUUGGAUUAUUUUUCCUGAUCCUAGUUGCCAAAUAGCCAUCACACUUUUUUAAUAACCUUUCUUUUCUGUUGUCGGUCAGGGUUGAAUUAAAAAGCUGCUGGUUCAUUCCCAACUGUUAAUGCUCUUUGGAUGUGUUGGAAAUCCUUUUUUUUUUUUUUCCCUUUUUAUGCUUUAGGUGGCCAGUUCAAAACCUUGUGCCUCACGAGGCAUUAAACAUAAUGCAAUCUUCUGAAAAAUUGGUUGGCUGCUUAAUGUUUAAAAAAAAAAAAAUGGCACAGUGAUAGGAAAAGGUUGUGUCUGUGUUUUUAAGUUUUUCUUUAUUCUGCUUUUUUGCUGCUAUAAGAUUUUCUUGAAUUUAUAUUUUAAACUUUUCAUGCACUUUACUGUUUCUAGUCUCAAAAUGUGAUAUUUUUAAUAAAUGAAAAAAUUUUCCAUUAUGUGAAUGAAAUUUUUAAACAGAUUGAUAGCCUAUAUUUAUGUCUCAUUCGUAUAUUUAAAAAAAGUCAAAUUUAAAUUGUGAAAUUAGUUUUAAAUACUAAGGAGCCAUCUUCUGUCGUGCAAAACUGCUAAGUCAGGCUGUUCCUCUACUCUUUAAUUAAGCAUUUCCUUUGUCGUUUUAUACAUAGGAAAUUAUCCAUAGGAAAAAAAAAAAUCAAUUGGACUUAGAGUAGAAAUAUUCCCUGAUUCUUGUUGGGGGCCGGGGAGGGGGUGGUGUGGGACAGAACGCAAAAAUGGGUUCAAGGAAACGACAACUCCCUUUUAAAAAGAAGUGCCUAAAAAAUGGAGGCGUCAUCUAUUGUCUACUCUAAAUUGGAAGCAAUCGCAGCUGGGUGUGACAUUCCUGGACAGCACCAAAAAAAAAAAAAAAAAAAAGAAAAAGCCCUUUCUAAAGACGGAUUUUCCUCUAGGUGCAGGUAUCUCUUUUUUAAUAUACCUCAGCGUUCACCACCUAGCCAUUGCCGAUAAAUUGUGAAAGCUAUUUGAGAGUAUAGUACUGGAAAGUAGAAUAGCAUGAAAAACUUAAUUUUGUGGACAUUACCUUUCUGUAAUCAGCUACUGUAUCUUUUUUGGAGGGGGGGGUGCUCUGCUCUGGAGGUGUGCACUAACAAACCCUUCUCCUCCUUUUCCUACACGCAUGUUAACUAGCAACGUGAGCAAUAUUUCCUACCAUACUUCACUCCCAAUAUUUUUUGAGAUGUUUGUAUAAAAUGGAAUUUCAAAUUCACCUAUGAUUGUAUAUGAACUGCAGAGGAGCCCGUUUAUUAAUAAAAAUAAAAAUCAACAACAAUCUUUUGUAAUAUCGGGGUGGAAGAGGAUGGGGAUGAAAAAAACCAACCCAACCUGGCAAACAUUGUACACUGCUUAUAGUUGACUUUCCUUUGGUUUCUAACCGAUUGAAGUGUUCUGUUGCGAGAAGGUGUUUAAUUGGAUUUUCUCUGCUGCGAAAAGCACUUCUGAACGUCCAUUAUGCUAUGCGAUUUUUCUUUUUUUUAAAAAAAGCUAUUUUAACAGACAUUGCACAAAACCUCUGGAUUUUAAAGAAAAAAACGCUGUCUUGUUUAUGUUUCAGUCGAUGCACAUAACCAGGGACAUGUUUACCCGCCUUUCACGUGUCUGGCUCCCUUCCCCUUUUCCUUCUGGGUUUUUUUUUCCCCUUCCCAGCAGGAGCAGUAAGGGGAUUGCGCUUUUUUCCCAGCUGAGCAGAAACCCCGCUCUCCAUAGUGAUUUUUGCAGAAAAAUCUCUAAGGGGAGAAGGAGCAGGCAGCCAUCAGCCUCACAUGCAGAAUGAGAUCCCUUUUGGUAAACAUAUGCAUCGUCCAGAUGGCGACGCUAAUUUUCUUUUGACCCAGAUGGAAGCUGACAGGAGGGUGUUUUCUAGGGGAGAGGGAGUAAUACAAAGCAAAGUAUCCCUAAUCCCAAGCAGAGAUGGAUGGGAAACCAUCUAUUCCCUCCAUCCUCCCUCUCUGACCCUUGGUUCCCAGCACGUCGCAGGCGACGCCUGGAAAAAGAGCUCUUAAGUCCUUUUACUGCUCCUCGCUGUCUUGGUUUGCUUUCAAAAAUAUGGUGCCUGGUGUCAACUUCUAAGCAACAGCACUGCCUAAAGCAAGCAGAGAAAAUAAAAUCCAACACCCUUCUACAAGCAACUUUUUAAAAUUCAAUAUGGUAAAUCUGUUAGAUAUGGGGUUUUGUGUGUGUGUGUAUAUAUAUAUAUAUAAAAAAAAAAGAGAAUUUUGUACAAUGUAGCUGAAUAUUUUUGUUUCCUUAUUUCGAUGUAAGGAGUGUGAACAUUUGUGUACCACACGCUAAGUCAGGUAUGGCACAAUGGGGUAUGAGACCAGCUUUCCUUCCCAUUUGCCUCCUUAAAAGCUUUUGUUGUCUCUUUCUAGCAUUCGUUGAGAAAAUAUUUCAUUUAAUUGGUAACCUUUCUCUGCCUGUUGGAAGCCACUCCUGUUUAGUCUGCAGACACAUUCAGAAAAGAUCCCUUUAGUCCCAAAUCCUCGCUGCCCUGUGUUUUAUAGACUAGAAAGCCAAAAUCUUUGACUCUUAACCUUUCCAGAAGCAUUUGUGGCUGACCUAACGCAGCUUUCAAAACCAUACCGUGAUCUUCAGCGUUCGGGUAACGCUGCAGAUGGCUGAUGGUCUCCCACCUUGCUGGCUUUGCUGCAGAGACUCCUAAAUCCACAUUUGCACUCUUGCACUCCCGAGGCCCGCUUCACAAAGAUGCUGAGCAUCUGCAGCUCCUACUUGAUCCCCAAUACUGGGCUUUCAGAAACCGGCUUCUCACACCCGGCUCGUCAGACGUCGGGUCCAAAUUGUGAGCGAGAAUUUGAGACCUCAAAGGUUCAUAUCACUUGUUUCUCUGGGGGUUGGUUACGGUCAGGUGGCGGAGGGGGGAAGCCAAAAGGGCUUGUUGAAAUUCAGAGUUUCUUUGUUAACGUAGAAGACAGGUUGGGGAAACACUUUAAGGGAUUCCUAGUCCAGGAGCACAGUAUUCCCUCCUGCUUGGUAGGGAGCAGGAGCCAGGAGUGGCUCCCGGUCCUUACUUUCUGAAGACCAGAUUUAAACCCAGCAACAGAACAGCAGCGACUUCAUUUCCACCAUACAUUUUCAGCUCAUAGCACCAAAACCUUUCUUUAGCAUGAAACUUGGCAUAGCGGGGUGAAGUGAAAGGUCUGUUAGUCCUACCCAAACCAGAUUAACAGCCCGCAUUAGAAAUACCACAGAAAUGCAAUACGCACCCUUAUACUAGUUAAAAAGGGAGUUUGAUUAGAAAUAACGGUUGUCCUCUCCCCAGCGACCUCAGCUUUGUACCCAAUUCCCAUUCUUUUGUUCUUGGCUUCCUCAUAGAUAUUUUUCUUGUAAUGGUAAGGAAGAGUUAAGGCCCGAUUUAAACCUAAGGGAGGACCCUCUCCCAGUUGUAUGGGGAGAUGACUGACCUAAGCACAUCUGUAUCUGGCAAACCGGUACACGAGGCAGCAACAGGAGGUGCUUCAGCUAAAAUCAGGCUGUCAAUGUAAAAGAGCAGCAGGUUGUUGUCCUACUUGGUCACCACAGAGAUGUGAUGUUCUUCUAGGCAGUCUUCACAACCAAAACCGCCUGGUCAGAGGCAAGGCUCACUGAAGUUCAUGUGAAUGGGUAUGGUUUCAGCACCAAGCACACGCAUUGAAAAACCUCGCUUGCCUAAUCUUGUGUGUCCCAAAAGGAGCCAAAGUGCUUGGUCUUGGAGGAGUUUUACCCAGGGGAGGCAGAGGACCUGAUUUGUUGGAGAGCGGAAAAGAAAUGAGCCCUAGAUACAGAGAGAUUCGGGUUUUUCCAAUAGAGGCUAUUACUAGCUGAGUCUGAGGGAAAGCAUCUUGCAAUAUGCAGCUCAUCAGUUUUUCUAAGAUUACAGAAGUAUAGUCACAUACCCUCCCUUUCCCACCCUACAGCGUUCAAAGGCGACACAAACGCCAAGAGAACCUGGUGGAAACCGUGUUUCAAGUCUCUAUGCCAAGUGCUAGCCAAGAACUCACUUCUAUGAUUAAAAAACAAUUUUAGGAGAUUAUAAGGCUCUAGAUCUAGGCACGGCUCUAAGUGAUACAGUAUCUUCUCCUGGGACCACUCUUUCCACUGACACUGACCACAGGUUUGCUUUUCCUCCAGGAAAGGAGAGCAGGGACAAAAAAAGCAGAGUGAACGAGGCAGGCGCAGGCAUUGCACGAACAGAAAAGGCACAAAAUGAACACCUUUAAAGAACUUCAUCCUAAGAAAAACUAUUUCACCCUAUAAAAGGUAUUAAGAGAUGAUAAAGUUUGCUGAUUUGGCUAUAUUUGAGGAUGGUAGACUUCAGGAGUACAGCUUCUUGGAGUAUAUCUGAAAAUAAGCAUGAAGACAGAGAAAUGCUCGGGUACUUUGACACUUUGGGGUGUUUUAAGCAGUGUUGAUGGCAAAGCACACCAAGUGAUAUGACUCUUUUUUCCCUCCCCUCCUGCAGUUGCACGGUGUGUUUAGCUUACAAAAUCUCUCACCGUUUGAGUGGUGAAGGGUGGAGUGAUCCUGGUACGUGGUCUUGUCCUCUUUGUUAAACAGUUCCUACAAUUUAGGCAUUUACUGAGUUUGCAUUUGUCUGUAUUUGUCUUUGUUCCAAAAG